AGGAUGCAACUGCAUGUGACUACUAUUGGACUAAAACCUUGCCAGGAAAGCAUACCGGAGAGAAUCACAUAUAUCUGAGCGAUCUAGAAACAGAAUGUUUCUAUGUGCUGAAAAAUUUGAAACAACCCAAGGAAGUGAGGGGAAAUCGAUAUGUUUUUGCCUCCGACAAAAUUCCGGGUAAAUACAGGACAACUUCAGAUGCGAAAAAUAUAUGCAGAGAAUAUACAGGGGUUAAUAUCCCAGCAACCAAUCAUCAAAGGCGAUUUGCUGCAGCAAAGAAUGUCCUUCUGCCAAAAGCUGAUCAACAGAUGAUAGCUAGGGUCAUGGGUCACACGGAGCUUGUUCAUAAUCGGGAUUAUGUGAAGUUCAAUGAUGUGUAUGGACGUAGUGUGGCACGUAUGAUAAGGACCGACCAUUACCUGGAUAAGAAAGUCACAGAUCAUUUAAACAUGUUCGUAGUAAAUUCUGAAGCCGCACAGAUUGGAAUGUCAGAAAUUGAUGAACAAGUUGACAACGAAGAACAAGACGAGGAGGACGAGGAGGAAUUGGAGUGUGAAGAGGAGGAUGUAGAGAGGGAAGAGGAUGUCGAUAUGGAGAAGGAUGGAGAGACUGAGGAUCUUCACAUGAGGGAAGAUGUUGAUAAAGAGCAGGUUAAAAGCUCAUCUUCUCGGCCCCAUCAGAGCACAUGUAGUUCUGCUGAAACUGGAACUUUUGAUGAUGAAGAGAACCUUUCCGAGGUUAAAAGCUCUACUGCUCCGCCCCAUCAGAGCACAUGUAGUUCUGCUGAAACUGGAACUUUUGAUGAAGAACAGAACCUUUCCGAGAUCAAAAGGUUAGCUUCUCGGCUUCAACAAAGCACAUCUACUUUUUCUGAAGUAGAUACCAGUGAUGAUGAAUAUAAAAUGCCUGAGACGAUACCCUUGAUGCGAAGCUCUCUUAUUUCUUCAUUACGUAAGUCAGCUCGUAGUGACUUUGCACAUAUAUAG